UUUACUGCUUAUUUCCUCUUGCCCCCUGACCCAGCCCAAGCAGGAACUUAGUACAGAGUCGGUGUUCAGUGAGAACUUCCUAGAUGAGGGAAGGAGGGGAGGAAGGAAUGCUUCUUGGCCCAGAGUGGCAAUCUUAGACCGUGCCUCGGCCUCCCCAGCUGUAGAAACAGGGUCACACUGCCCAUGAUCUCGCCCGUCCCUCCUGCCACCAGGCUGUGGAUGUCCUGUUUGUGGCUCCAGCUCCCGGGAGCCCACUCUGGCCUGGGCUGCCCAGCUCGGCUGGCUCCCGGGGGACCGGCUCUGCUGACAUUGGACUCUUUCCUGGACUGUCCAGCUGCCUGGCUGACACUCGAUCCUGGCCCCACUUCCAGGCCAGUGACCGCUGGCCAGCCUGAUCAGGCCAGGGCCCCAGACUCCCUGCCGUAGGACAAGGGGCCGUCUGUGCCGUUCCGGAUGGUGUGGUUGGCCGGGGCUCUGCCAACCCUGCAGGAGCUGCCAGCAUCAAGGACAGUGCCGGCACCUGUGGCCCAGAGCUGCGCAGCCAAGGAGCAGACACCAGGAGCCAGGGGCAUCCGCCCACCAUGGGGACCCUCACCUGCGACCCGGCUCCACAGCUGACCCCGGCGCCUCUGGGCCGGCGGACCACUGACUGUCAGAUCCCGGAGACCAGCCUGAGGAGGACCUGCGGGGUGGCCACCUUGGAGCAUGGCUCUGGGCCAGGCUUGUAUGCCCUGCCUUCCACCAUUGGCUACAUCAACCACGACUGCACCAGGGUAGCCGGUCCUGCCUACUCACUCUUCCGGAGGCCCAUUGAGGCACCUCCCCAGGAGACCAGCCCUGGGCCAGUCUACUUCCUGGACUCGAAAGUCACCCGCUUCGGCCGCAGCUGCACCCCUGCCUACUCCAUGCAGGGCCGGGGCAAGUCUCCCGGUCUGGAGGUGACACCCGGCCCUGGGGCUUACAGCCCAGAGAAGGUGGCCCCCAUGCGCCAGCGGACACCUCCAGCUUUCACCCUGGGCUCCCGCCUCCGCCCACGGCCCCUGAACACCUCAGCCCCUGCCCCUAACACCUACACCCUGCCCUCCCUCUGGGGCUCGCAGGUCUUCACCAAGCCCAGCAGCCCCAGCUACACUGUGGCUGGCCGCACGCCCCCCGCCCGCCCCCCUCAGGACCCCGCGGAGAUACCUGGCCCUGGCCAGUAUGACAGCCCGGACCCCAAUGCCUACCGUCAGCGCCAGCCGGCCUUCACCAUGCUGGGGCGGCCCCGAGCCCCACGGCCCCCAGAUGAGACACCCGGCCCUGGCAGCCACAGCCCCGAGCAUGUCACUGUGACCAAGGCCAGGGCCCCGGCAUUCACCAUGGGCAUCCGCCACUCCAAGCGGGCUACCACCAUGGCCACAGACACUGCACCCUGACACCCUCGUGACAGGUGACAGGAUGCC